AUGGCAGGUGAUGGAGAAACACAUGGCGGUGGCGCGCUGCAAACGGCCAAGGAUCUGGCUGCUGGCGCGGCCGGUGGAAUUGCACAGGUGCUUAUUGGCCAGCCCUUCGAUAUCGUCAAAGUCCGCCUGCAGACCACGACGACCUACCCGUCCGCCCUCGCCGCCGCGACGUCAAUCUACAAGAACGAGGGCGCGCUCGCCUUCUACAAGGGCACCCUGACGCCGCUGAUCGGCAUUGGCGCCUGCGUCUCGGUGCAAUUUGGCGCCUUCCACCAGGCGCGGCGGUGGUUCGAGGCCCGAAACGCCCGCGACCUGUACCCGGGCGAUGCCCUCCCCCUCACCGCCGGCGCCGCCCCGCCACCCCUCAGCUACGGCCAGUACUACGCGGCGGGCGCCUUUGCCGGCGUGGCCAACUCGGUCAUAUCCGGGCCCAUUGAGCACGUGCGCAUCCGGCUGCAGACGCAACCGCACGGCGCCGCGCGCCUGUACAGCGGGCCCCUCGACUGCGCGCGCAAGAUGGGCGCUGCCGCCGGCGGCAUACUCCCGGGUCUGUACCGCGGCGAGGCCGUGACGAUCCUACGCGAGGCCCAGGCCUACGGCUGCUGGUUCCUCGCCUUUGAGUGGAUGAUGAGCCGCGACGCCGCCAGGAACAACAUCUCGCGCAAGGAGGUGCCCAGCUACAAGGUCGCUCUGUACGGAGGCCUGGCCGGCGAGGCCCUCUGGCUCGCCAGCUACCCCUUUGACGUCGUCAAGUCCAAGAUGCAGACGGACGGCUUUGGAGAGCACGCUAGGUACAAGAGCAUGCGCGACUGCUUCGCCCAGACCUUCAGGGCCGAGGGCCUGAGGGGCUUCUGGAAGGGCAUCGCGCCCACCCUGCUCAGGGCCAUGCCCGUCAGCGCGGGCACGUUUGCCGUGGUGGAGAUGGCAAUGAGGGCCAUGAACUGA